GCCCUAUACAAAACCAAACCCCUUCUUCUCGCGACAAUCGGCAAAGCGGCGGGGAGUGAAGCCAGAGAGAGAGAGAGAGAGAGAGAGAGGGAGUUCAGCUUGUGGAGAAGAUGGUGACCUACAGAUUCCAUCAGUACCAGGUGGUUGGAAGAGCUCUCCCGACGGAGACCGAUGAGCACCCUAAGAUCUACCGCAUGAAGCUCUGGGCCACAAAUGAGGUCCGUGCCAAGUCCAAAUUCUGGUAUUUUUUGAGGAAGCUGAAGAAGGUGAAAAAGGCCAAUGGUCAGGUCCUAGCUAUCAAUGAGAUCUUUGAGAAGAAUCCUACUAAGAUCAACAAUUAUGGUGUAUGGUUGAGGUAUCAAAGCCGAACUGGAUACCAUAAUAUGUACAAGGAGUUCCGCGAUACAACCUUGAAUGGUGCUGUAGAGCAGAUGUACACUGAGAUGGCUUCUCGUCACAGGGUGCGUCAUCACUGCAUCCAAAUCAUCAAGACAGCUACUAUCCCAGCCAAGCUCUGCAAGAGAGAGAGCACCAAGCAGUUCCUCAACUCCAAGAUCAAGUUCCCUUUGGUGUUCAAGAAAGUGAGGCCACCAAGCAGGAAGCUUAAGACCACCUACAAGGCAUCAAGACCCAACCUCUUUGUGUAACUUGUUUGGCCUGCAUCAUAAUCAAUUUCCUACUUUCAGCAAUUUUGAUGAAUUAGUCUUUCAUUAGACACUUUUGAGAAACAUAGAGAAAAUUUAAAUUUACCAUUUUGAUUAGUGAGUGUUUGCUUUAUAUGAAUGGAUCAGUUUUUAUCCUGCUA